GGCCACCCGGAAGCCCCUGCUGCCUCUGGGAUUGCUGGGAGAGGCCGAGGCAGUGCUCAUAUCUGCACAGAGAUUCCUCCGGCAUUGCUGGGAGAGGCCGAGGCAGUGCUCAUAUCUGCACAGAGACCCCUCCGGCAUUGCUGGGAGAGGCCGAGGCAGUGCUCAUAUCUGCACAGAGACCCCUCCGGCAUUGCUGGGAGAGGCCGAGGCAGUGCUCAUAUCUGCACAGAGACCCCUCCGGCAUUGCUGGGAGAGGCCGAGGCAGUGCUCAUGUCUGCACAGAGACCCCUCCGGCAUUGCUGGGAGAGGCCGAGGCAGUGCUCAUGUCUGCACAGAGACCCCUCCGGCAUUGCUGGGAGAGGCCGAGGCAGUGCUCAUGUCUGCACAGAGACCCCUCCGGCAUUGCUGGGAGAGGCCGAGGCAGUGCUCAUAUCUGCACAGAGACCCCUCCGGCAUUGCUGGGAGAGGCCGAGGCAGUGCUCAUAUCUGCACAGAGACCCCUCCGGCAUUGCUGGGAGAGGCCGAGGCAGUGCUCAUAUCUGCACAGAGACCCCUCCGGCAUUGCUGGGAGAGGCCGAGGCAGUGCUCAUAUCUGCACAGAGACCCCUCCGGCAUUGCUGGGAGAGGCCGAGGCAGUGCUCAUAUCUGCACAGAGACCCCUCCGGCAUUGCUGGGAGAGGCCGAGGCAGUGCUCAUAUCUGCACAGAGACCCCUCCGGCAUUGCUGGGAGAGGCCGAGGCAGUGCUCAUAUCUGCACAGAGACCCCUCCGGCAUUGCUGGGAGAGGCCGAGGCAGUGCUCAUAUCUGCACAGAGACCCCUCCGGCAUUGCUGGGAGAGGCCGAGGCAGUGCUCAUAUCUGCACAGAGACCCCUCCGGCAUUGCUGAUGGGCCGCCUUCAGCUUCAGGGAAGAAGCCUAGGAGAGGGGGCAUGGGAGAGACCUGGGCCUGUUCAGAUUGGCCACCUCUGCUGAGAAGUCCAUACCAGUACACCCCUAAUAAGUUAUGCCACAUACCAACGUGCUGUGGAUGUUAUAACCUGCAUCAAAAUAAUUCUAAACAAUGCUGCUCAUUUACACAGAAGCUCUGUUUCUUCAUGUACUCCAGGGGACCACCAUGGCACCCCCAAGGCUGCAGCCACCUCCUUUUGAAGACAGCUGUCCUGAAGCUUCCCCUUAAACCCAGGGCUGUUCUCGGCCAUCUGGACUCCUCUCUUGCCACUCCUCCCUGUGGCCUGGCCUCCCCCAAUCCCCACCCUCCAUUCCACACUCAGCCAGACAUUGCUGUCCCCGUAAGGAAGGGCUUUGCUUGCAGCCUUUGGGUGCCCAGCUUCUCUCGCUGUGGCCUUAUUUUAAGGUAACACAUUUACAGGCUUGAGUGAUUGAACACUUGGUAUCAAAUUACUUGUCACGUACCCUAACCCCCAGCUCAUGGCCUCCUUGGGUGAGAAGUACAGGCCACCUUAGGUGGCAGGAGGUGUCUGCCAGCCUGGGGGAAGCGGCUUAGAAACUCAUCCUGCAGGGAGGGGAAUGGAGGGAAUGUGGAAGGAGGGAAGGCUCUGCCUUCCUCUUCUGAUGGGAACAGGGUUUCCCAAGCUGACCUUAAAUUGGUCAAAUGUCGGAGAGUCACGCAGCGGUGGAGACCUGCUGAGGGCCGCAGGCACUGCUUUACUCCAGUUGCCCAUCUGCAGGCCCUGUGCUUGCACAGGAACCCUCACUGGAGAGAGAGGCACCUGGCUCCUGUGUCUAAGCCCAUCAUGCUGGGACCAGGGUGAGAGUCUGGGGACAGACCUCAGACUGCCUGUCACCCUCUCGGACUUCCACCCACAUGCCACUUUCCAGGACACAGCUCCCACUUGUGCGCUUUCAUAUUGAUAGUGCUUCCUGCAGGCACAAAUAUGAAUGGCAUUUCAGCCGCCACCACCCAGACUCCUUUCUGGUACCAAAGUGCUCAUUGUUGCAUCCUAUCCCCCACCCAGCAGUCAGGUAUCGUCACUGUGCAAAUAUUUCUUGGGCUUGGGAAGCCUCUGACUAAACAAACCUCCCCAUCCGCCUAGACUUUGAUGACGACCCACGGGCAGGGAACCUCAUGCCUAAGUGAUCUGUGAAACUGACCCAUGAGGUACUGAUCCAAAGGAUCCUGAGAGGUCAGGGAGGUCCUGAUUUGAAAGGAUCCCACCAUCCCCUGCCAGAAACUGAAUUUUCAUCAAGCUCUUUCAGUUGCAAAGAACAGAGACACCCUGAAGGUAACUCAAGAGACAAAAGGGAGCUCGCUGGAACCCUAGGGCAGGAACUGCAGUGCCCAGGCCUGGGGCCAAAACAACCACACACCAUGAAGGAGGCAGCAGGGUGACACUGCAGUCACUAGUCUGAGCUUGAAGGGGCAGCUCUACCACUACAAGCUGUGUGGCCUCCAGCAAGUUUCUUAAUCUCUCUAUAGCUGUUUCUUCAUCUGUACAAUAAGAAUGGUGGAAUAGUGCCUGCUCUGUGGAUUAUGAUUAAGUAAUCCUAGAAUAGUGCCUGGCCCAUAGUAAUUGCUCAAUACACGUGAGCAAUUAUCAUCUUCUCUGCCUUUGCCUGCUCCGCCCUCCUCUCCCUGCUACUGACAGUUCCCGGAGAGGUGCUGCUCCCCUAGAACUAUAUUCAGCACUGCCCUGGUUGCACCAGCCCCACCCCUGACUGACCACCUGCAGCACUGUGACCACUCCCCUCCUAAUGGCUGAAUCUUGAAUGAGAGGAUCUGAUUAGUCCCACUCAUUUUUCCAUGGGUCAGUAGGCAGCCUGUAGACUGAUUUUCCCUGGAUAGGUGCCUUCUCUUGAUCCAAUCGGCUAUGACCAGGAGGCAUGGGCCUCAGGACACAUACAGCUGCUUUUGCAGCUGGAGUGCUAAGUGGGCAAUGCCCUGGGCCCUUCCGGUCCCCUGUGUCAGCCCAUCACGCCAUGCCGUGUCCUUUCUGGGAAUGGGUACAAUGCAGGUCCCUCUAGAGAGGGCAGACAACAGAACACACCCCCUUAAACACCCUCCUUUCUCCUUUGCAUCAUCAUCACCUAAGGGUCCACCCAUGGAGGGGCUCCUGUCCUGGUUGUGGUCUUGGAAUGAAGAUGACAAUGGGAAUACUGACGUGCCUCCUGCACUGUACUGCUAAUACGAUGCUUCACUUAUCAAUGAACUCUCUCUCAGUCACACCUUUGAUUGGGAACCUCUCCAAUCAACAACCUUGGGAGGUGGGUUUUGUUCCCAAGAAAGGUGAAGAGAUCACGGGGCCUCCACAGUACAGGGCGGGGCCUGGGAGCGCAAGGCCUUGCCCUCGGAAGACACCACAUAGUGCCGGCUCACCCAUCCUGGGCAGAGGCAGGAGCCUCCCCGAAUCGCCGCAGCAGAAGGACCCCUCUGGAUCCAUGGAAACUUGCAUGACCAGGAGUCCUCUAUGGGAGUGCCCAGGGGAGGAAGAUACAUGGGUCGAGGGGCCUCUUGGGUGCCAGAACCCCCACUUGCCAGCCCCACCCCACCACCAGCUUCGCCCCACUGGCUGCAGAGGAAUGCCAGUGCUCUGUGAUGCCUGCUACCCCAGCUCCUCUGCAGCAGGAGUAGAGGCCCCUUAAGCAGCGGUCGCAAGAGGCUGGACAUUGCCCCAAAUAGAGUGUUCAGAAGAUGCCCGAAAGCAUGGGCAGCCACGGGAACUGCGUUGGGUCGUGGGACCCCACAAUCCUGAUCACUCGCUGACGGCAUCGUGGCUGGGUUCCAGAGCCAUUGUGUUCCCCAUGGGCUGGCCCACAGCUCAGAGAUGCUGACACACCAAUGUAGUGGCCCCCAGCACAGGUAGGGGCUGUCAUUGUUUUCUUGUUCUUGUUCCCGCUCACCCUCAGUUUCUCACUCUCAACUGUCUCUGGAAUUUGGCAAGAAGUCCUUGUGGACUUCUUUAAAAAUAUGUAUCAUUGUUUUUUGAACCACUUGAUAACAGGUAGCAUAAAUGGUGCCCCGUUCCCCUUAAUACUUCAGUAUGUGUUUACCAAGAACAAAGGUCAUCCCUGUAUCUGACCACAGUGGAGUUAACAAAUAGGACAUUCAACACUGCCGCUGUGCUCUUAUCUAAUCCACCACCCCAUUUCAGGCUAGGCACUAGCUUUCCUUAGCGUCUUCUUCUCCAGCCCAGGAUCACACCCUCCACUUUACAGCCAGCUCCUUCGGCUCCGUUAAUCUGGAAGAGCUCCUUCUCUCCCUUUGCCUUUUGUGAUGCUGGCAUUGCCGAAGGCUGUAGCGGCCUGGCCUCUGCAGGUAGGCAGAGGGAAGCGGGAGGUGGGGCGGGGGUGGCCGGGGGAGCAGAGGCUAGAAAGCAGCCGAAGCCAAGGGGCUGAGAGAAUGGAGAACCGUUGACUGGUAGGAGCUGGAAGAUUAAAAGCAAAACUGAAGGGCAGGUGAAUCUCUGUGCAGGCAGAGCUUUGGAAACAAAAGAAAUGGCCACCUACUUGCAAGGCGCAUGGAGAUGAUGGAAGCACUGGAGCUCCAUUCCGUCCUGAAUGAGCUUUCCAACACCUGCAGCCUAACUGCAGGCAAGAGUCCCACCUGCCUCCUCUCCUGAUAGGGUGGCUCCCAUGAAGACUUGAGGGACCCUGAGUGUGUGUCUGUUCCUGGCAGCCCUGCACAUCCCCAGAGAGAGGCUCACUCUGCUUCCCUGCACCAUCAGACAAGCGGAAGCAGGACAUGUUCCAGAACUUCACCCACUGCUUUUGUCUGUGGCACCCACGCCCACUCAGAGAGCACAUGUGCCAAGCUGGGAAUGGGGCAGGCAUGGAAGACUUCCUGAACAGCAGCAGCUCUGACCCCUGAGGUGGGGCCCGUCCCCACAUAAAGGUCAGGAGCACAGACGGUCUCCCCCAGGGCGCACACAGCUGGGCAGUCUCCCGCCACCCUGACUGUGAUCUCUCAUUUCAGCCUGGGCCCAGAAGGAAGAGUCCAUUGCAAGCUUCCUCUCUCCUGUCUGUGCCAGGCCUGAGCCAUCUCAGGAGCCCACAACUCACUCCCCAGCCCCCACGCAAGGCCCAGGGCUCAGUGGCUAUGGUGGUGGCAUCCUGCCCAGCACACACACUCCACCCCUGAGAACACCCAUGCCAAGGGUAUGGGGCCCUUACACAGCCUGGCCUGGUGCAAGCUGGGCUGAGCCCACAGAGGCCCCUGUCCUGGGGGAGGUAGGGGAAGCUGAGUGCUCUCCCCCAUGCAGAGAACUUUCUGAGCUGGGAGCCCCACCCUCCUAAGUGCUUGUCUUCUUUCCUUUCUCCUUUCUUUCUCUUUCUUUUUCUUUCUUUCUUUCUUUUUUCUUCCUUCCUUCCUUCUUUCUUUUCUUUGUCUUUUC